AUGCUGCCGAUAUGGAUCGCCGCCCCUAUGCUGGCCAGUCUCCCCUUCUCUUAUGCGCGCGCAGUAGUUUCGCCAAAUCCUCCGGCUCCUGAACAUGAGAGGAAGGAGGACGUGUCGAAGACGAUCGGCUCGCCGUUCUCCCGAAAAUUCCUCACCCCCGGCUCUAUCCUUGCCGUAGCCGUAUACAGCGUCGGCCAGUGCCUAGCGCUUUGGACGAGAGACCAUCCAACGUCGGAGACGGCAUCCUACAUCUUCCACACAAUCUGCCCCGUGCCAUCGGAGGCGUCUCCCGUCUACCUGGAUGCAGGAUUCUACGGCGCUUGGCUUGCUGCCGUAGCGAGCUGCGCGUUCAGAGUUUGGGCGUUCCGCGUGCUCGGAAAGCACUUCACGUUCGAGCUCACCGUCCCGGAGGACCAUACGCUGGUCACCUCUGGCCCGUACUCGUGGGUGAGGCACCCCAGCUACACGGGCCUGCUCGGAAACGUCAUCGCGAUCACGGUCUGCGCAUUCGGGGAAGGGUCGUGGAUCAGGAAGUGUGGCGUGGGGUGGUCGUGGCCGGGACUGGCGGCGACAGCUUUGUGGGCGGGCAUCUGGGUUCCGUCAAUGGUGAUAUUCCCGCUGCGGACCGUGAAGGAAGAUGAGAUGAUGAAGGAACGAUACAGCAAGCAAUGGGCCGAGUGGAGGAAACGGGUGCCGUACAGGCUUAUUCCAGGCGUAUGGUAACUUGGUUGCAGAGCAAACCGGGAACGGCGCCGAAGGGGUAUAAGAUAGCGUCGUGGCGUUGUGAUGUAAGGGAUCGGCCUCUAGUAUGAGUUGAAUGGAAGUAACGGCGGAGGGGAAAGGAAAACGAUUUGC